CUGCUCGUUCUAUCUUCUUCUUCGAGCCCAGGGGAAGGAGCCUAGGGUUAGGGUUUAGCCAUGGAUGCCGCCGCCGCGGCGCAGAAGCGCAAGCGACCGGAGCAGGACGACGAGCAGCCGGCCGACGGGCUGGACGUGCUCGACCUCCGGGCCGCCAAGCGCCUGCUGCUCGGCUUCGAGCGCCGCCUCCGGGACAACCUCGAGGCGCGCAUGAAGCACCCCGACGACCCGUCCCGCUUCGCCGACUCCGAGCUGGCGCUCCACGCCGAGACCGACCGCCUCCGCCUCCUCGCCGGCGCGCCCGAGCUCUUCCCCGACCUCGUCCCGCUCGGCCUCGCAUCGUCGCUCUCCUCCCUCCUCACCCACGACAACGCCGACCUCGCCGCCGCCGCCGCGUCCCUCCUCGCCGACCUCACCGACUCCGACGACCCCUCCGACCUCGCCGGGGUCCAGUCCCUCGCCGACGCCCUCGUCGACGCCAACGCACUCGACCUCCUCGUCCAUAACCUCUCCCGCCUCUCCGAGACCGACCCCGACGAGGCCGAGGCCGUCCACCACUCCCUCGCCGUCCUCGAGAACCUCAUCGACCUCCGCCCCCACCUCGCCGACCUCGUCUGCGACCGCACCAAGAUCCUCCGGUGGCUCCUCGCGCGCCUCAAGGCCCGCGACUUCGAGGCCAACAAGCAGUACGCCUCCGAGAUCCUCGCCAUCCUCCUACAGAACAGUCCUGCCAACCAGAAGCGCCUCGGCCAGAUGAACGGGGUCGACGGCCUGCUGCAGGCCGUUGCCAUGUACAAGUCCAGGGACCCCAAGACCACCGACGAGGAGGAGAUGCUUGAGAACCUGUUCGACUGCCUCUGCUGCGUGCUCAUGCCGAUGGAGAACAAGGAGAGGUUUGUCAAGGCGGAGGGCGUGGAGCUCAUGAUCAUCAUCAUGAAGCAGAAGAAGUCGGCCUACAGCUCCGCUAUCCGGACACUGGAUUUUGCAAUGACGAGGUUCCCGCCUGCUUGCGAGCGCUUUGUUGAUGUGCUUGGCCUUAAGACUGCUUUUGCGGCUUUCAUGGGUAAGAUUCCUGUGAACAAGAAAAACAAAAGUGAGAGUUAUCAGGAGGAGCUAGAAGAGCGCAUCAUUUCACUAAUUUCGUCAUUGUUUGGUGGCAUUACAAAAGGUUCACGAAGGAACAGGUUACUAGGAAAGUUUGUUGAGAAUGAAUGCGAAAAGAUAGACCGUCUGAUGGAGCUGUACACACGGUAUUCAGACAGAGUGAAAGCUGAGAUGGAAAGGUUUGAAAGUCUUGAUUUGGAAGAUUUAGAGAUGGAUGAUGACGAAAGAUACAACCGGAAACUUGAGGCUGGGCUUUACACGCUUCAGUUAGUCGCGCUUAUUCUUGGUCAUGUCUGGCACUCUGGGAAUUCACUGAUGAGGACACGAAUAGAGUUGCUUCUUAGACAAAACAAGCUGACAAAGGAUGAUGUUAAGGAUAUACUUCAGGAGUACCAUGACAACAUUGGUGACUUGGAUGGACCUGAAGAGAAGGAAAGAGCGCAAGGGCGUACCAAGGAAAUCAUAGCUGCCUUGUGAGAUGUAAAUCAAAAUCUUGUUCCUGUAAAACCUUGAGAAUAUCUCCAUAGGAAGGCGAUAGGAGGCUAUCAUGAUCGAUCUGUAAUUCAUUUGAGCAUUCUUCUGUACAACUAGCUGCUGUAUCGGCAUGCCAGCUUCCGAUACUUGUUGAUGUUGUGUCGGUCCACAUGUGGAAAAGCUUUUUUAUUGUUCUCAGAUAAUUAAUUAAUCUAAGGAUAUUUGUUGGCAUCUUA